GGGGGAAACCAAGCUGGAGCUGAAAAGGAAGGAAGGAAGGGCAGGAGGGCCGCCCUUGUAACCCGAGCAGAAGGAGAGAGAAGAGGGCGAGGCCGGUGGAGGAGGAGGAGGAGGAGAAGGAAAAGAAGGAGAAAGCCAGGGGCCGGGCUUACCUGUGGAACCAGUCCAGCAGCUCCACCGAAGGAGAAGGAAGACUCCAAGCCUUGAGAGAGAGAGAGAGAAAGAGAGAGGAGGGAGGGAGGGAAAUAGUACCUCGACUUGGAUCUUUUCCCCUUUCACCCACGCGCGAUGGAGUUCCUUCGUGGGGUUGCUUUGCUGCUGCUUCUUGCUGCCACUGUUUCUUGCCAAGAGGGAUGUGUGUGCGAGAAGAACAAACGGACAGGAGACUGCGUUCAAGUCGGCAACAUCUGCCAAUGCAAAUCUCUUGGAUCUAAUACCACAGUGAACUGUUCAACAUUGACAUCAAAAUGCCUGUUGAUGAAAGCGGAAAUGUUUGGCACAGGGAGUGGCAGAAGGGGAAGACCCAAAACAGCCUACAUAGAUAACGAUGGCAUUUAUAACCCGGAAUGUGACAACAGUGGUAAAUUCAAAGCUAAGCAGUGCAAUGGGACAACCACUUGCUGGUGCGUGAACAGUGCUGGAGUUCGAAGAACUGAAAAGGGCGAUCUGGACCUGACAUGCAGCGAGGUCGUAAGGACAAGUUGGAUUAUUAUGGAAAUGAAACAUGACGACAGAAAUAGUCCUGUGGACCAAGCCACCCUUGCAAGGGAAAUCAAAGAUUCAUUCAGUCGGCGUUAUGGUUUGGAUCCAAAGCACAUACAUGUUGAGUAUGAAGACCCUUACAUUUUUAUUGAUUUGAAACAAAAUGUUUCUGAGAAAUCUGUUGGAGAUGUGGACAUAGCAGAUGUGGCAUACUACUUUGAAAAAGAUGUUAAAGAGGACCCCUUGAUCUCAAGUGGCCGAUUUGAUAUUCCGAUUGCCGGAGAAACUCUGAAACUCAGGGAUGCUGUAAUCUACUAUGUUGAUGAAAAGCCACCAGAGUUCUCAAUGAAAGGCCUGACAGCUGGAGUUAUUGCUGUAAUUGUGGUUGUAAUCCUGGCAAUAGUUGCUGGUAUUCUUGUAUUGGUCUUUACUAGAAGAAAGAGGGGAAAAUACGAAAAGGCUGAGAUAAAAGAAUUGAAUGAAAUACCAAGAGAACGAAACUCGUAAAUGCUGUAAUAUGAAACAGAAGAAUGAAUGCAGCAAAGGUGUAAAAACUUCUUGAAGUCUAGGCAUAUGGACACUUCAGUUUUAUAUUUUCCUGUAGUUUAGUGAGAGGAUUACUUUUAUUGAGCCUAGAGUGUUCCGUUUUGGGGGAUGUAAACUAUUUUAAAAUUUGAGAACUUGUUUGUCCAGAUUAGUGUCAUUCCUUUGUCACAGUUACGAUUGUAACACUCGCAAUACCUUAUAAUUGGAUGUAUGCUUAGACACCAUUUCAUGUAAACGUUUUAGAAAUGUCUAGCAAAUGUUCGUUGCUAAAUAACUCUUGCAUACAGUAAAAUGCAGCGUGUUUUCUAAUGUUUGUACAUAUUUUUCUUCAAAUUUGCUGGAUUUUUUUACACAUAAUUAAUAAAUUCUGGAACAAA